AAUCUAAAGAGAACAAUCUACAGCUUAAAACGUGGAUAUCUAAUACGAGCCGUCAGAUUUUCUUGUAAACCCAAGAUUUUUCUUAUCUUCCCCGCCUAGUAGUACUGGGUUGUCAAAGCUUCUAAAGAUUCACCUCCAUUUCUACAAUCUGAUAAAACCAGGUAAAGAACCUCUUGUGAGCGUUUGGUAUUUGUCAAAGCUUUAUAUGAUUCCUUGCAGAAUUCAAGUGAUAGACUCAUUGUAUUAAUGGGAAUUCUGAGAUUUUUUUGGUAGAGAGUUACUGUUACUAUCGUUCUUGUCCUGCAGAGAUAUGGCUACUAUUUCUGUUGUUUGUAAUAAUGGGUUAUUGAAUAAAAAGAACUUAGGAGUUAGUAGCGGAAACAAUAAGCCUCUGAGAAGAUACACAAGUGUUUGUUAUAAUUCAGUUUUUAUCCCUUCAGUGGGAAUGUAUACUAUUAGCAAUUCCCUGGUACUUUCUAGGAAUAAGUUUAGGUCACUUUCUAAUGAGAAAAAUGAAGUUCCUUUAUUUGGUUUUUGUGUUUCCUGUAAGUCUCAAUUUGGGUUAUCUUGUCAUAAUGAUAUUGGACCAUUGAGGAAUGGAAAUAGGGGAAAUGAACAAACCCAUUUGAGAAAAAGAAUUAUUGCUGGUUUGAGAAAGAGGUUUUCAUUGAGAUUGCGUCCAAGAUUGCGGUUGUUGAUGAUAAGAUUGAAGAGGGUUUCAGUUAGGUCAAUGUUAAAUGAUUUUGGGAUGUUUUUGAGAAAGAAUAUAAAGAGAUUGACACUUUAUUCUUCAAUUUCUAUUGCACUGGGGAUGUUUUAUUUGUUUUUGAGGUUAACUGCGUUGCCAUCUCCAAAGAUUGUUCCAUAUUCAGACUUGAUAAAGAGCCUUCAAAAUGAUUCUGUUGCAAAAGUUUUACUUGAAGAGGGAUCUCGCCGUAUAUAUUACAACGCAAAAUCUCAGGACACUGAAAACACUCAAGAUCCAGAAGAUAAACUUCCAGUAAUAGAUGUUCCCGAUGAGAAUGCAGCUGAUGCAGUUGGAAGAGGAGGUAUUGCAAGUCCUACUGGCCAAAAGUAUAAAGUAGAUAUACUGAAGAAGUUCUCAAGACGAGCUUCAAGUCCUGAGUGGCAGUUUUGUACAAGGAAAAUAGACCAUGAUGAGAAAUUUCUUCUUAGUUUGAUGAGAGAAAAGGGAACAAUGUACAGCUCAGCCCCUCAAUCAGUUUUAAUGUCGAUGAGGAGUGCAUUGAUAACUAUAAUUUCUCUCUGGAUUCCUUUGACUCCUUUGAUGUGGCUCCUCUAUCGUCAGCUUUCUGCCGCUAACAGCCCUGCAAGGAAGCGGCGACCUAAUAAUCAGAUGGUCACUUUUGAUGAUGUGGAGGGUGUUGAUGCUGCUAAGAUAGAACUUAUGGAGAUAGUUUCAUGUCUACAAGGAGCUACAAACUAUCAAAAGCUAGGAGCAAAGUUACCUAGAGGUGUGUUGCUUGUCGGUCCCCCUGGAACAGGGAAAACAUUGCUGGCCCGUGCAGUGGCUGGAGAAGCAGGAGUGCCCUUCUUCAGUGUUUCAGCCAGUGAAUUUGUGGAGUUGUUUGUUGGAAGAGGAGCAGCUCGCAUUAGAGAUCUUUUUAAUGCAGCAAGGAAAUGUGCUCCAUCAAUCAUAUUCAUUGACGAACUAGAUGCUGUUGGCGGAAAACGUGGUAGAAGUUUCAAUGAUGAGCGAGACCAAACUCUAAACCAGUUGCUGACAGAAAUGGAUGGAUUUGAAUCGGACAUGAAAGUGGUUGUUGUUGCAGCAACUAACAGACCAGAAGCAUUGGAUCCAGCCCUUUGCAGGCCUGGUCGUUUCUCAAGAAAGGUACUUGUAGGAGAACCUAACGAAGAAGGAAGGAAAAAGAUCUUGUCUGUACAUUUGAGAGGAGUUCCUAUAGAAGAAGACACAGAUCUCAUCUGUGAUCUAGUGGCUUCACUGACCCCAGGUUUUGUAGGUGCUGAUCUAGCGAACAUUGUCAACGAAGCUGCUUUACUUGCUGCUCGAAGAGAUGGUGAGACCGUGACAAGGGAAGAUAUAAUGGAAGCUGUUGAAAGAGCAAAGUUUGGGAUCAAUGAUAGACAGCUAAGGCCUAGUGCAAUAAGCAAGGAGCUGGGGAAACUGUUCCCGUGGAUACCAUCUUUAAUGGGAAAGAAUGUCACAGGACAAGAAGGUCUGCAAGGACCUCUUGGUUACCAAACUCUGAGCUGACCAUGUUUGUUGUCUUUCUUAGUGCUUUAACUGUGACUCUUGAACAACAUUUUUGUGAUUUUCCUCGUGUCCCCCCUUUAUGAGCUAAAAUUUUUUUGCCAAGUCGAGUGAUACAAUACCACUAGACUAAGCCCCUUAGUGCAUCUAUCAGUAUUAUAUUUUAGAAAAUAGGAAAUCAAAUUAGCACUUUUACUGCAUUUGGAGUCGUGGGUUGCCACUAAAGGAUAGCUUCAACUGAUAGAUCCAUGUCUGUAAAAUUUGUUUUCUAUAAUUAGUUUCUUUAGUGCACGUAUUCGUGACAAUGGCAUAUAAGAUUAAGAAAGGUGGCUGGCAACUAGGCAAAUGAUGGAGGUCAAUUCAAGCAAGUGAUAGAUGGAGUGGAAACUUCAUAUUUUGUUUUAUCCAUCGAAAUGAUGAUAAAUGGAUGGGUAAUUCUGUAAUUGCCAGUCAUUUUCCUUGCUGUGCCUUUCUAGUCAGCUGCCAUUGGAAACAGGAAUUUCUAAGCUCCAAACUUACUGGGGAUUCCACCAAGUGUAACUUUGACACCCACUAUCUGGUGAUAUACUAAGUUUUUUGGAUUCUUUUUUUGAAUAGACAAUUUUGGUUAAGAUUCUAAAUUUCUGGUAUUCUUAUUCUUAUUGUCCCUGUUUCUGAAAAUUUGUGAUUCUAAUAAGUUGAGAUUUGUAAUCUAAGUUAAGUUGAUUCAAUUUGCUACACCUCUACUG